AAGGUUGAGUUGAAUGAGCUUAACUUCCAAGAUGUUGCCACACAAAGUCCAUUCACUUUUCUGCCUCUGUGGCUGCCUCAUACUGGUUCAUACUUUGGAAUGGCAAGAUGUAAAUCCUGUUGCCCAUGUUAAAUCAUCAGCAUGGUUUAAUAAAAUACAGACUGUACUCGCUGCUGAAAAUUCUGGCCUAACUAAGAUCCCCAGUGGAGAUGGACCCUAUUCUGUUGGUUGUACAGAUUUGAUGUUUGAUUAUACUGAAACGAGCACAUUCAUGCGUUUGUAUUAUCCAUCCCAAGGUGGUGAUCACUCAGAAACUGUUUGGAUUCCAAAUGAAGAAUAUUUUUUUGGUCUUAGUAAAUUUCUUGGAUCACACUGGAUGAUAAGCAAAAUUUUGAAUUUAUUAUAUGGCUCAGUAACAAUUCCUGCAGCCUGGAAUUCUCCUCUGCGAACUGGUGAAAAAUAUCCACUAGUUGUUUUUUCUCAUGGUCUUGGAGCAUUCAGGACACUUUAUUCUGCUAUUGGCAUGGACCUAGCAUCUCAUGGGUUUAUAGUUGCUACUGUAGAACACAGAGAUGAAUCUGCAUCAGCAACUUACUAUUUCCAGAAUGAGUCUGCUGCAGAAAUAGGGAGCACGUCUUGGAUCUAUGUUAAAAAAAAGGAGGGACAUCUUGAAAGAAAUAUUCAGGUACGACAGAGAGCAAUGGAGUGUUCUCAAGUUCUCAAUUUCAUUCUUGACAUUGAUCAUGGAAAGCCAGUGAAGAAUAUAUUAGAUGUAGAGUUUGAUGUAAAACAAAUGAAGGGUUCUGUUGAUAGGAAUAAAAUAGCAAUAAUUGGACAUUCUUUUGGUGGUGCUACAGUUAUGCAGACUCUUAGUGAAGACCAGAGAUUCAGGUGUGGGAUAGCCCUGGAUGCAUGGAUGUAUCCAUUGGGUGAUGAAGUGUAUACCAGAAUUCCUCAGCCCCUCUUUUUUAUCAACUCUGAGAGCUUCCAGACUCGUGAGAAUAUUGAAAAGAUCAAAAAGAGCUACUUACCUGGUAAAGAAAGAAAAAUAAUUACAAUCAAGGGUUCAGUCCAUCAUAAUUUUGAUGAUUUUACUUUUGUGACUGGAAAAAUAAUUGGAAAAUUACUCAUAUUAAAAGGCAAUAUAGAUUCAAAUAUAGCUAUUAACCUUACCAACAAAGCUUCAUUGGCAUUUUUACAAAAGCACCUAGGACUUCAGAAAGAUUUUGAUCAGUGGAACUACUUGAUUGAAGGAGAAGAUGAAAACCUUAUUCCGGGGACCAACGUUAACAACAACAAAAAUAUACUUCUAAAGACUAUCACAUGAAUAGAGAAAUAGAAUAUAAUUUGGAGGAGCUUUAAAAAUGUGUUAAAAACUAAAACUGUAGGUAUGUGAUUUUAAUGCUUUAAAACUAAUGUACUUUAAAAUGUAUACUAUACCACUAUAGUGAAUGAAAUUUGGGCUAAUAUAUUUUUCUUCAAAUGUGAAGAAGGUGUGCCUCAUAAAAAACCACUAUCAGUAUAAAUUUAUGAUCUUCCUCAGUGCUAGACACUUGGCUUGGGGAGAUACGAAACUGUACCUGCAUGACAACAGCAAUUUUGUUAAUCAACAUUUCAUUAAAUUCAUGUGGCUGAAACAAAAAUUAAAA